ACAAAAGCCUGAAGUUCAGCGUUGGCGCAUUAAUAACUUUCCUCUCUCUGCUCCGCGUCUCACUGCGACGAUGUGGGAUUGGAUACCGUGCGAUUUUCACUGAUUUUCAAAAGAAAUGGACCGGAGGAUUCUUUGUGGUCGCGUUCUAUAAAAGAAAGAAGAAAGAAAGGGAAAAAACAUUCCUUUUUGAAAUAUUCAGUGCACACCUUUUUUUUUGCUCAUUUAACUCUGAUUAGCGCGAGACUGGAGCACGGGCUGCUGCUGGAGCAUGGAGGCACGAGCGGAUUCGGAGAAAUCUCAUCUCAUUCACGAGAGAAACAGCAAAACAUACACUCUGAAACUUAAGAGUGAAUUUCAAGGUGCCGUAGAAAGCUACCCGAGUCAGGUGUAUGAGAACGGAGACGCAACCGGAGCCAUCGAGUUGAAGAGGCCCGUCGGAACCCACUGCCAUGGGAGCAAAGCUCAGUGGGAGGAGAACCGGGAGAAGCUGGUGGCUAAAAAGAAGCUGUACAUCGCCUCGGUGGUCUGUCUGGUCUUCAUGAUCGGGGAAGUGAUCGGUGGUUAUCUGGCCCACAGCCUGGCCAUCAUGACCGACGCUGCUCAUCUGCUCACAGACUUUGGCAGCAUGAUGGUUAGUCUUUUCUCCCUGUGGAUUUCCUCUAGACCUCCCACCAAGAUCAUGAACUUCGGCUGGCACAGAUCAGAGAUUUUGGGAGCUCUGAUAUCCAUAAUGUCCAUCUGGAUCGUUACGGGGGUGUUGGUGUACCUUGCUGUUGAGAGAAUUGUAAAAAAUGAUUAUGAAAUUGACGGCAGAGUGAUGCUGCUGACUUCGGGGUGUGCUGUCGUGGUCAACAUCAUAAUGGCCUACAUCCUCCAUCACUCCACCAGCUUUCACGGGAGCGACUCUGGAUAUCACAAGAUCACCGAAAAUGGGAUGAGUCCUGUGGGCCAUGGCCACUCCCACAGCCUCCUGGGUAGCCAUGGAAACACUAGUGUCAGGGCGGCGUUCAUCCAUGUUCUGGGAGACCUUUUACAGAGCUUUGGGGUGAUGGUUGCAGCCAUCGUUAUCUACUUACGGCCCGAAUACAAAAUUGCGGAUCCCAUCUGCACCUUCCUGUUCUCUCUGUUUGUCCUGGGAACAACGUGUACCAUCCUCCGGGAUGUGUUCCGCAUCCUCAUGGAGGGAGCACCCAGAGGAAUUGAGUUUAACUCGGUGAAGGAGGUUCUGCUCUCGCUAAAAUCUGUUAAGGCUUUGCACAGUCUGCACUUGUGGGCUCUAACUGUAGGACAGACCCUGGUUUCUGUCCAUGUGGCCAUUGAGGAGAACGCAGAUCCUCAGAGUGUCCUGAAGGAAGCCACUGAGCUCCUGCAGACCAAGUUCGGCUUCUACAGCACCACCAUCCAGGUGGAGCCCUACAGUGAGGACAUGGCCUACUGCACCAUGUGCCAGGAUCCCAUGGAUUAACCUCGGUGAGGAAGCAGAUUCCGUCCUGAAAGCAGCCCAUAUCUCCAAAAACGCUGCUGGUGCAACAGCAGGCACUUUUUUAUUUCUUGGUUAUAUGUACAUGCAGAAAUACUGCCAUCUUCUCAUAGGUCCUAAAACAUGUAUGCUUUAUCAGGCUUCAUUCCCAUAACACACACACACACACACAGCAGCAAUAUUUCAAAGUACUGAAGAGAAAUUAAAGAGGCAUUAAACAGUUGCCUGCACUGACCACCAAGCUCGAGAUUAAUAUCAGCUGGACUGCACUGAUGAGAAGCACCGUGUCUCUUUAGUGGCUCCUAAUCAUCUGAGCCGUAUAGGGAUGUGUUCAGCAUAUCAGUAUAGGAUCUCGGAAGGAUCUCUGCCUUUCAAUUUGAACUCAUUAAAAUCACAAAAAAUAACACUGGUGCACAUGGAGUCCUGAGUAAACCGAAGCUCCAUGGGCUCGUGUGUGUGUGUGUGUGUAAAGGUUAAUUACACAAAACAGGUACGGCUCAUUACUCCGUCACAUUGAGUAAUAAGCAGAUUUCUAUACAAGAGCCGCACUGGGACGAGGAACACAAGCUCAGAGAUCUUUAUUUAUUUUUAAGUCUGUUGUACAUUUUAUUUAUUUUGGUAUCAUUCCUUUUAGGAUUAUUUAAAGGAUUUGUUGCUCUACAUUGCUUUUCUUUUAUUUCUAAAGUGAGCUCCACCCACUUUAGAGUAAAUGAUGGUAAAUUAAAAGUUCAUUUUUAUACUAGUCUAUAGAUCCUGUAGAUGGACUCUCAGAUCCUGUUUAAAUGGUGUUUCAUGCUCUAGCUAGUCUCACCUAGUCAGAGCUUCAGACUGACCGCAGAAGGUCUGAACUCCACAGUAGCUUUUACUGACCAAGGAACCGCCCAAGAGUUCGUUUGAUUGAUUGACAGCUAAAACAACCAAUUGCAGUCAGUUUUAUUCAUUGUCAUGUUUAAAGCCUACAAGCGCAGACCUUCGUGCAGCUACAGAUCGUUUAUUUAUGAAACUCGUGCAGAUUAAUGAGUCUGGGCCGUGAAAAUCUGACGUUUAGCUGAUCCUCAUAAACAGUUUGUAAACAAGACGACUUCCUUCCUCCAUGAUGCAAGCAGAGCAUCACAACGGCUUUGUUUCCACACACAGUCACCCUGCAGAAUCCGACCAAUCAGAUGACGACUUCUCCGAUUGCAGCUCAGCAAAUCGGUCAGUAACAUGACGUUACCCCUGCCCCCUUUUUCUUUACGUAAGCAAACCACAUAUUCCACCCUUGUUUUUUUUUUUUCUUCACUUCUUCUUGAACACACUACACACACUAUUUACACUACGUAGUGUGCAUAGUGUGAUUUGGGACGCAGCUCUAGAUUUGUAGUGUUCUGUUUUUCCAGAGAGAGUGAGAGAAACACUUCUUUCUAGCAGCUCUGAGCUCACAGGAAGCUGUGUUUCGGUGUAAGAUACAGAGAAACUGGGCGUCUGAUUUAACUCGGACUCGAGUCGGUGCUUCAUCAUAGCAGACGUUCCUCCUGAUCGAAGGCCGUGCUAGCGGGUGAUGAUGAGAGAUGUCUAGACUCAUUCCAAGUGCAUAUGAUUUCGAGUGCAAGCACACUGCCAUGACUUUCAACAGAUGUGACUGCCACAUUCCAACCAGGAGCUGAGCGCUGCCACGUCCCUGCAUCACUCCAUUAAAGGGACCGAAUCAAAGCGAUCAUAAAGCUCAUAAACUCCUCAGAACCACUACACAAAUUCCUGUGACAUCAUCCUGCUACAUAUAUCAUUAAAUCAUUAAAAGGGCGUGGCCAGCACCUUAUAUCAACAGAAAGUGUAUAAUAUUAACCAAAAAAACCUGAAUGUAUAAAUGUUUAUAUCCUGUGCGUCACAGACGUCACUGUAGCUUGCUGUGAUUUAUUGAAGUUAUUGCACACACGUCUUUAAAAACACACAGCCUUUAUUCAUCAAAGUCUCAAUCGAAUCACACACACACACACAAUUCCAAUACCUUUCCUUAUUCAGCUGUUUUACAGUUGUUGUGUUGAGACUAAUCAGAGUGUGAAGAUUUCAGUGGAGUGUUUUAACAGAAAGAUAGACACUUGAAGUUAAAUAACAGAUCAGUCAACAAGUAAAUUUUACACACACACACACUCUCCAUCCCUCUUUGAUACCCUCCCAGACACACUCCAUCCCUCUGAUACCCCCCCCCACACACACACUCCAUCCCUCUGUGAUAUCCCCCCAAUCCAUCCCUCUUUGAUACACCCCCCCCACUCCGUCCCUCUAUGAUACUCCCCACACACACUCCGUCCCUCUA